GAUAAAUCUUAGUAUCGUAUAAAUUGAGUGGGCGUCGUCGUCCCUAUAAAAAAUUUUCAUAAGCUACAAAGUGUGUGUUUCUGAAGCAUCACCUCCUUCCUAGAAACCACAGCGCCAAAAAAUGUCGCAGCAGCUUAGAAACGCCUUUAAGAGGGCUAAAGACGAAAACCGUAACGUUCUUGUUACAUUCAUUACUUGUGGUUUUCCCACUGAAGAUGAAACGGUAAAAAUUAUGAAGGGUCUCCAAGACGGAGGUGCCGAUAUCAUUGAAUUGGGUGUCCCCUUCUCGGACGCCGUCGCUGAUGGACCUACCAUCUGCCAUGCCAAUGAAGUUGCUCUGAAGAACAACGUUACCCUGCUUAGUACAAUUGAAACGGUCAAGAAGGCUCGUGCUGCCGGUGUGUCUGUUCCUGUUGUUCUUAUGGGUUAUUACAACCCUGUAAACCACUUGGGUGACGAGAGAACGAUUCAACUCUCUAAGGAAGCUGGUGCUAACGGUUUCAUUAUCGUUGACUUGCCUCCCGAGGAAGCCAUUGGAUUCCGUGCUUCUUGUGUCAAGCAUGGAAUGAGUUUCGUUCCUCUUGUUGCUCCCUCCACGACUGACAAGCGUAUGCAAUUGUUGAUCGGUAUUGCCGACUCUUUCAUCUACGUUGUCUCUCGUAUGGGCAUGACUGGCUCCACUGCUAAGGGAAAGAUUAGCGAGGGCCUGCCUGAGCUGUGCAGUCGUGUGCGUAAAUUUGCCGGAGAAAAGCCUUUGGCUGUUGGCUUUGGUGUCAACACCAACGAGCACUUUAAGUAUGUUGGCAGUGUUGCCAACGGUGUUGUUGUUGGCAGUAAGAUUAUUGAUGUCGUCAAGAACGCUGGUCCCGGUACUGCUGCUGAGGCUGUAAAGACCUACUGUUUGUAUCUCGCUGGCCGUGAUGCCAACAGUGUCAAGGAGUUGCCUGCUAGCUCUGCUGAGACCGACUCUGCUGCCCUUGGUGCUGUUGCCGACGCUGUGGCUGCUGACCUUCCUGAGGUUGCAAGCGAGACUUUCUUGCCCCCUAAGUACGGUGAGUUCGGUGGUAUGUAUGUUCCUGAAGCAUUGGUUCAAUGUCUUACGGAGCUUGAGGAUUGCUUCUAUAAGGCCAUAAAUAGUGUGUCUUUCUGGGAGGAAUUCCGCUCUUACUAUGACUACAUGGGCCGUCCUAGUUCUCUUGAUCUUGCCGACCGUCUUACGGAUUACUGUGGAGGUGCUCGCAUCUGGUUGAAGCGCGAGGACUUGAACCAUGGUGGCUCUCACAAAAUUAACAAUGCCAUGGGUCAAAUUCUUUUGGCCAAGCGUCUUGGUAAGAAUCGUAUUAUUGCCGAGACUGGUGCUGGUCAACACGGUGUCGCCACUGCCAUUGUUGCUGCCAAGAUGGGUAUGAAGUGUACAAUUUAUAUGGGUGCUGAGGAUUGUCGUCGUCAAGCCCUGAAUGUCUUCCGUAUCCGCCUUCUUGGUGCCGAAGUUAUCCCCGUCACUUCUGGUACUCAAACUCUUCGUGAUGCCGUUAAUGAGGCUCUCCGUGCCUGGGUCGAGCAAAUUGACACUACUCAUUAUUUGAUCGGUUCUGCCAUCGGUCCCCACCCCUUCCCUACUAUCGUUAAGACGUUCCAAUCUGUCAUUGGCAAGGAAACCAAGCAACAACUGAUGAAGAAGGUUGGCAAGCUUCCCGACGCUGUUGUUGCUUGUGUCGGCGGUGGUUCCAACUCCAUCGGUAUGUUCGCACCUUUCAAGGAGGACAAGUCUGUUCGUCUUUUGGGUUGUGAAGCCGGCGGUGAUGGUAUUGAUACUCCUCGUCACAGUGCUACUCUUUCCAAGGGUCAAAUCGGUGUUUUCCAUGGUGUCCGUACCUAUGUUCUUCAGCAUGAGGAUGGUCAAAUUCAAGACACUUACUCCAUUUCCGCUGGUUUGGAUUAUCCUGGUGUUGGUCCCGAGCUCGCUGAGCUGAAGGCGACUGGUCGCGGUGAGUUCAUUGCCGUCACUGAUGCUCAAUGUCUGGAAGGUUUCCGUGCUCUUUGCCAAUACGAGGGUAUUCUUCCCGCUUUGGAAUCAUCUCAUGCCAUCUACGGUGGUAUGCAAUUGGCUAAGACUUUGGGCAAGGACAAGGAUGUUGUUAUUUGCGUGUCUGGUCGUGGUGACAAGGAUGUACAAAGCAUUGCCGAAAAACUUCCCGAGCUUGGUCCCAAAAUUGGUUGGGAUUUGCGUUUCUAAACGCUCGCAGCCAUACCCUCUGUGACGAAUUGAUGCUUUCCAGUUGUUGCUGCUAUUUCAUAUCCCUUUUUCCUGAGUUUUGUACUACGGCAGCGCUUUUUCUUGCGACUGCUUGUUUGGUGUGGUUUAAUAUUUUGAUUGCCAUUCUACCUCGUCUUUUUGGUGCUCGACACAUCGUAGAAAUCGAUGUUUUUGUUUGAUUACUGCUACCUCGUUUGUUGCCUAUUGUCGACUGCAUUUGUGAAUUCAUCAGUGCAUGAAAUAGCUCUAUUACAAUUCCCGCAAUCCAUCACCUAAUACUAAAAGAUAAAAGAUGUUUUUUAUAUUAUUUUUUAAAAUAGUCGUCUACCGUUUAGCUGUUAAAAGCUCAUUGCCGGUCUUAGUACUGUUUUUGGUGCCCCUAAUGUGCUUUUGCCA